GAACGCGGAGCCGUCCUUGGUGGGUAUAGCUUCGGAGUUGGGCCUACCUUGCGAGCAUAUGCAUCGGAACAGGCUGGUGGAUAGCAUCGUUCUGUCGCUCUGUCCGCUGCGAGCGCCCGGGGCGGAAGAUGAUGUGAGGUAUCACUUUUGGCGCUGGCUCGCAGAUUGCCGGACCGUUCCUGCAGCAGACCUCGUAGCAAAGGCAUCUGUCAGUUUUCCUGCGACACAGCUACGGCGAUCCAUGCUUAGUGUUUGCGAAGAUGUUCCGUUGGAAAGUAUUGAGAGGAGGCAUGGAAGCGCGGCCGCGGAGCUGGAGCAAUUGAGCCAGGCCACCGUUGCAGUCUUGCAACACCUUUCUGCUUUGAAUGUUCAGUUUCCAGCUGAAGUGCCAGAGACUUGGACCACUGCGAUGGAACAACUGCAAAGCAUCAGAUGGCCAGACCGUUUGUCUGGAUUGCAGUGCAGUAGUUUGCUGGCUGUGUUGUUGGAGAAUCGGCCGCUACAGCGCAGAGGUUGGUGGCAGUUGGUGGAUUGCUGGGAUCGCGCAGAUCCAGUGGAUGUAGCAGAGCGACUGUGGAGCCUGGCCACAUGUCAUCAAGCUGGACCAGCAGUGGAGCCAGACAGUGGCUUCCAGGAUCGAGAAGAUGUUUUGGAGGUGGGUCGGCAGAAAGCGUGGGACUUUUGCAAGGUUUAUGUGGACGUUUGGUUCGGAGAAACAGCGGUCUUGGGCGCACUGAAGCACAAGCACAAGAGUCGUGGAUAUGACGAGGCAGACAAACUCUUGUUGCGCACUUUGAUGCGGCGCUAUGGCUGGGAAAGACAUCUGGACGAGAGCGCAGCGUGCACGUGGAUGGAAACCUUUGAAGCAGUCAAGAAGGCAGAGGAUUGGUCUCGUUUUGCUUGGUUUCUGGUCGCGCACUUGUUGCACCCUGCUUGUCGUGAGAGUUUGCGUGCGUGGCACAAUCCGGUGACCGUUUUGGAGUCGAGAUUAGACCGCAGUGGUAUUGCCCAGGAGGUGGUUACUUUGCACGAUGACUUGUUGGCCUGGCAAGAUCUCCACGGGUGUUCUUCGUUGCCCGAGAAGAAGCAGCAUGCAGACUUGGCGAAGAGGGUGGGCAAGUAUUUCAACAGCAGGGAGGCGCGUGUGAGGACCCUCCAGAAAGCUUAUCCUCCAGACUUUGCGCCGCUGCCGGGUUACAGAGUUGAGUGUUUGUCCUUGGAAGGCGAUUCCCUGCGUGGUGUACUCUGGCGGUCUGCAGCUGAACGUGCUCUGAUGUUUUCGAUCCCUGGAUGGAGAGAAGAGGGCAAGGGCAAGGAGGAGUUUCAUCCUUUGCAGGAUUUCUGUAAGCGUUGGUUGCCAGAAGCAGACGAGAUGGAGUGUCUUGAUUUGUUGACCAACACACAGCGCCCUGUCACGUGGAAGCUCGAGCAAGUCGCGAGACGAUUGGACUGUUCACCCACGUUUUCUGGUGUGCAAGAAGCCUUAGCCAAGCGCUUACUGCGAUCUUUCCCUGAGGAUGCAGGUGACUGCCUACAGAAAUUCUGCUGUAGAUUGUGUCCAACCGACUGCGCAGAUGCAAAGUCCUUCAAAGAGCACGUCGCACAGGAGCACGCUGGCGUCGGGCUGCAAGAUACUCCCCGGAUGCUGAUUGAGUAUCGCAAGAAGAUUCUCGCUCUUGUUGAGUGCUACUCUUCACCGAUCCUGCCCAAGCAGAAGGGCUACCACAGCUCCCCGGAUGGAGUGGAUGCAGCAGUCCGUCCAUCCCAGCAGCAUCGACUGUGCCGCCUGCUGGGAGUUCCACGCUAUGCUGAGCGCUGGCCGCACAUUGCUUUGGAGGAGUUGCAGAAGUCUGCCGUUGAACAUCCUUUCCUCCCAGGUGAAUAUGUGCUCUUGCACCGGCGGCGCAUGCCGGAAGACGCACGACAGCCGUCCCCUGUUUGCCGGGACUGCCGCGCCAGCCUGACAGCCCAGGUUCUGACCUUGCCGCGCCACGCCCUGGCGAAUGACCUGUGGCUUGGCAGAGCCUUGCCAGAGCUUCGUUCCCUCUCCGCGGGGACGAAGCGGCUCUUGCCCCUGGUGCGUGUGUGCACGCAGGUCACCGUCCUGCAGCCGGUGGUGCUUCCCCACGCCGAACGGCAGAAGGGCUUCAUCGGGAACACCAUCUUUUUGCCGCAAGCUAGUCCUUCCUCAGUCGAAGCAGUGUUGCCACCCCGCGCAGAGGACAUGGCCGAGCACAUCUUGUUCGUCUUGGUGGGCCACAACAGAGGCGACCUGCGAUCGUCGGCCACGAUGCAGGCACCUCGAGAGGAAUACGUUGCCGCUGUCGAGCGCCUCCGACAAACUUCCAAGUACUACGCGGAGGCAGCGGUCGAUCUCAGUCGAUGGUCUGGCCAGGAGGAGACUAUGUUUGAAGGCUGUGUCCUUGAGACGGACGCAGACAGCUAUUUGGCGAGAGAGCUCUUACAACGGGGACCGGCGGACGCUCAAGGCCAAGAGAGCAGCCAGCAGGAGGAGGACGACGCUGGCAUGGCGGAGGACACUGCGGAGUCCGGCGAGCGAGCGCACGAAGACUCAGGACAGUUGCGUUUGGUCUGUGGGUUGGUAGGAUCUGUGUCGUCGAAAGCCUCGACAGUCACUGAUGCAGAGCUGGUCGUGCGCAAUCGGGCCAACAAUGACCUGGGUGUGGGUGCUGCGCAGAUGGAAGGAGCAAAUCUACUGGGUCGAGAAGGCGCGCACGAACGUGGAGUCCUUCGUCGCAUCCGCCAGGUCCAGACUGUGGCCGCGCGUGGGGUGGAGACAGAGCGACAAGCGCAAGGGCAAAUGUUUGAGGUCAGGCCACAGAAGUUGGUGGUGCCUUCUCGAGAUACCCCUCUGAGCAUGUUUGAGCCAGGGACCUGGGCAAUGGCUUUUCCUACGUUGUUCCCUUGGGGUGACGGGGUGCCUUUCUUGAAGAGGGAGACGAGCAUGGAAGCUUCUGAAGUGUUUCGUUAUUUGCUCCUACGCGAAGAGCUCCAGUACAGCGGUGAGGGAGGUGUUGAAGAUGAGGUCCCUGCACUACCUCGAUGGAGUUUGUCGGCCGCUCGGGACGACGAGUGGUUGCGUCAUCUUUUUUUGGGACCAGAUUUCUGGUUAAUGUCUGUUGAGCAGUUGCUCCCGACGAUGUAUGAUGUCCAACGUCGUUUGACGUUGAUGCGGACCUCCAAGGCCUAUGUCAAGAGGAGUGGCUUCGGCCGCCACUGCUCGGUCAUAGCCUCCGUGACCUCCGAGCACCUCCUGAAGGCCAUGGCGCUGCACGGGGAGAAAGCGGACAUCCGCGAGUUGCUCCGCUCCCCGGACGUGGACGUGCCGCUCAAGCGCGCACUGGGUAGCGUCCUACAGGCCAGUUCCAACGUUUUGGGCACAGAAGGUCACCGAUCUCAGAUCCGUCUGCGAGGCCACGCAAUGCGUCGCAUUCUAGCUGCCGACCCAGUCUCUCAAGCAAGGUUUUUUGACGUGAUGAUGACCUUGUUCUUUGAGGAGAUAUUGGGCACGUUGCCGCCGCUUACCCGCGCCAGCUUCCGAGGCGGUCUUGCCAGGGACUUCGAAGAUGGUUUUGCUGCUUCCACUCAUGCUGGUUGCUUUGGAGAUGUGGCAGCCUUUUGUGGCCCUCUUGAGACGCAAGGACGCGGUUCCAUGCACCCACAUAUUCUGGUUGUGCUUUUGGGGCACGACCUGGGCAAUCGCCUUCGCUCUGUGUUGGCCACCGCAGCGCGUGGGGAACUGGUCAUUGAGUUGGAACGCUGGAGUCGCGCCGUCCUACAAGCAGCCAGCCGUAUUCGCUACGACAGCCAGCAAGCUCUCAGUCAGCAGUUAGAACAAGAAGUGUGUCCACUACCGCUGAGCGAAAAUCAGCGUGCUGCAUGUGGAAGGCAAUACAGCGACGUGCCACUGAGGUCAACGGAGCCAGACGGCCACGAAGCGGCGACGGAGUCCAGUACAUCUCUCCGACUGACCGGAUGCUUCGCUUCACUACGUCCGCAUUAUGUCAGGAGGAGCAAGGCCGCUGCUUUCAACGCGGCCAGUUGGUCGGGCGCCCUCUGUCGCGACUAUCGUCGCCUCGUCAUACAGAAUCACUUCCACAAGUGCACGAAGUCUUGUUUCAAGAAGACCCUCGGCGGGUGCAGAUUGUUUUUUUGUGAUAGACCUCGGACACUUUGUUCAGACGCUACGAACGGAAUCACCACUGCAGUAACAGAACGAAAUUUGGACGGGACACGAACCCGGCGCGGAGGACGUCGUUCUACGCAAUCGGCGCAAGGUUCGAGUGUCGCCGUUUUCGUUUCACGACAUCAGCAUUGUAGCCUGGACGUGGUUAUGCGGAUCCGAUGUCGUUAG